AGGAAGCAAGUGCUCCAGUCGCUACGUUUACCAAGAAGAGGCAAUUUGGCGCGGUACAGGGGACGUUGUUCACGAAGGAUGAUGGGGAGCCGUUGAUGUUUUGGUUGUCGCAUAAGGUGCCGUCCAAGGUUUGGUAUCGUGAAAAGAUCGAGGCAAAUGGCGGUAAAAUCACCAAUUGGCAGAAAGAAGCGGGUGCGAUUCAAAUAGGAGAUCACUUGAAAGAUAACGGCACCGACCUCGUCUCCUACAAGUUCAUCGACGACUCCCUCUCUGAUGGCAUCCUCCGGGAUGUGGACGACUAUGUUCUUACCGCUUCCGCCCCUGAAAAAGCAAAGGGGACACGAACACCCUUUACGAAAGAAGAUGAUGCUAUCCUGAGGAAGUAUGUGCAUAAGGCCAACGUGAGCCGUCAGGGGAACAAGAUUUAUAUGGAGUUGGAGAAGAAGUUUCCUCAUCAUACGUUCCAGAGUUGGCGGCAUAGGUAUGUGAAGACACUUGAGCCGUUAUGGGGUGAACCGGAGGAGGAGUUGGAUGAGUAUGAAAUGUCAUCUGACGAGGAAGAUGUUGAGGAGGAUGCGCCACGACGUGUGUCGGCGCCUGUACCCCCAACCUCAACUCAACGCCCGCCCUCGUCCUCCACAUCGCGUCGCCAAACUGCCAUCGGCGCAAUCGUUUCGAAGAAAGUCCCGUUCUCCGUCGCCGACGACAAUCUCCUCACCGAAUGGGUUCGCAACCACCCCAAUGGUCACCUCUCAGGCGGCAACAAAAUCUUCCAAGAGCUCUACGCCGAACACCCCCACCACCCCUGGCAGUCCUGGCGUGAUCGCUGGGUGCGUCGAUUGGAGCCGCAGUUGAGGGCAAGCCAGGAAGCUGAGGUCGAGGAGGAUGAAGAGUUGGAGAGGAUACAGAGGACGCAGACGAGGCAGGUGACGGGCGCGAGCGAGGGUAGAAGGCAGACUUUGCCGCCGCCUUCGAGUGAGCGAUUAACUGCUGAGGCUAUGGCUAAAGAGAGAAGGAAGACUACCGGCGCCAAGCCCGCUGAGGAUUCUGAGCCUGUUGAGAAGUACCACCCAGAGGAAGGCUCGUACGACGAAGCACCUGAGCCAUUGUCACAGGAGGAUGACUUACCCGCGGCAUCUAGCCCACCGCCCGCUCAACCACAACCGCAAUCUCAGCCUAGUCUGGUCGAAGACAGAAGCGAAGACAACCCUUUCAUCGACGAUGGAAGCUACAAGGAAAACCAAGGCGGUGAAUCACUGUUUGUCAACGUCGACGAAAACGAGGAUGAAGACGAAGACGACGAGAUGAUGGCCGCGAAGCUCGAUUUGGUGGAGGACAUAGCUGCGCCACCUCAGGUAGCUGGUCACAAACGCAGACGGACAGCGUCACCUGAGUUACCGAUGGGAGAGUCGUCACCAAUCAGUGAACGGAAUCGGGAACAGGAUCCGCCACGGAAGAAGGCAAAGUUGGGAACAGGGAAGCGCGGACCCGUCGAGAUUCCCAGUACGCCUGAUCAUCCCACACUCAGCACACCUCUCAAAGACCCUGGAAGCCCGUCGCAUCGGGCGGAGAAGCAUACGCAUGCUGUUGCGGAACCACAUCUUCCUGUCGUAAUGGAAGAUCCAGAAGAGGCUGCUGAACCCGAAUUCGCGAUUGCCCCAAGACCGGAUGUCGCGGCGAAGUUGGAACAGUUCAUCGUAAACUCUAUCCAGAAGUACAAGGUCACACGCGACCAAGCGGUUUACGCCCUUGGUCGUACGUCUGGUAACCGCUCCCUAGCGCACAAAGUCGUGCAAGCACUCGCCCGUGGCCGGAAACUACCGAAUAUCCCGGGUGUGUGGACGGAAGAGGAAGACAAACUGGUGGUAUCUAGCAAGGAGAGGACUGUGCUCGAGGCUUUGGACAAGAAGCAUAAUGGAGGUUUAAGCCGGCGAAGUGCGUUUUUGGAUCUGGAGAUGAGGAAAAGGGCAAUGGGACUUUGAGCGUCCACAGUGAGACACGCGCGUAAUAUCUAGUAUUCUGAAUUACUCAUCAUAAUGAUCAGAAAAUCACACUCUCGUUCAAGCAC